GGAGACAAUGUUUACAUCUGACAGCUGCAAACAAAUCACAAACAUUUAAAGUUUUUAUAGUUUUUCGGUGUGGUAAACAGAAUGGAUUCGGCAACAAAAACUGAACGCAAAUACAACGAGGCAGCGAUUUCCCGUUGCAUGGAACUGGUGACCUCCAAGCAAAAGACGCUGUAUGGAGCAUGUAAAGCUUAUGGAAUUCCGCAAUCUACCGUUCGCUACCGACUAAGCGACAAGUGGACCACAAAAGUACGGAAAGGGCCACACACGGUACUCACAGCUGACGAGGAGCAGAAACUUGUGGAUUAUCUGGCUGCUAUGGAGAAAAAGGGCUUUCCGGUGGUGAAGGAACUGCUCAUAUAUAAAGUUAAAACCUUCUGUGAAGCAAAUUCUCGAUCCAAUCCAUUUACAAACAGUACUCCAGGUCGAAAAUGGAUGAAGGGAUUCCUACGUCGUCAUCGUCAAAUCGCAUUCCGUAAGCCUGAAACUGUAUCAUCCGCUAGCGCGAAGGUGAAGGAGACUGAUAUUCAUAGAUGGUUCGUAAAUCUCACAUCCUACUUGGAAAGUAAUAGUUUUAUAACAGCCGCAUUGGAUCCUUCCCGCAUUUACAACGGCGAUGAAACAUCAUUCUUUUUACACUCACAGACGAAAACUGUGUUGGCCAGCCGUGGGAACAAGAACGUUUAUGAAUGCGAGCAUGCCGACGGUCACAAAAAUAUAACGGUGAUGUUUACGUUCGAAGCGGAUGGAUCAGUCGUUAGUCCGGGUGUUAUACUUCCCAUGCAGCGUUUAUCGUCAGAUGUUCUACGCAAAUUCCCGGGCGAAUGGGGAAUAGGCAAAAGUGCAAAAGGGUGGAUGGAUACCACUAACUUCAUGUUGUACAUCCGGAAUGUGUUCUAGCCCUAUCUCCAGAAAAACAAAGUUAAGCUUCCCGUGCUAUAUUUUGUUGACGGUCACUCGUCACACACUGCUGCUGAAGUGGCCGAAUUGUGUUUGGAUUUGGGUAUCGUGCUGAUUGCGUUGUAUCCUAAUACCACUCGGAUCACGCAGCCAGCAGACGUCGCCAUAUUUAAGCCUCUCAAGAGUGCUUGGCAGAGUGCAGUUUCGGAGUGGCGGAUGGAGUACGGAGGCGAGAAUCUUUCGUUGCAACAUUUUCCUGGUGUGCUGCAAAAGGCAAUGGAUAAAGGAAUCAAGAAGUCCAGUAUCAAGAACGGUUUCAAGGUAUGCGGUCUAUUUCCCUUCGGAGCCAAUCAAGUUGAUUAUGGAAAAUGUAUUGCCAAGUCAAAGUUGCAGAAUGAAGCGAAUCUUUUAGUCCCUAGCGAGAUGAAUAGAAAUGUCCUAGUAUCAUCAGAAACAGUUGAUACUCUCCCCGAGAUCAUCCAUCACAUCGGUGAGCAUGAUAGUGUUCUCGAAGAUUCGAUUAUCAUUCCAACUUUGACAAUCCAAGCUGCGAUAGACUGCAUUGGUAGAGAGCGCAUAUGUACAUUUAGCCGUGAAUCUGUCAAUUCUGAAGAAGGGGAAAUCAUCAGAAAGCUCUACGAGAUGUUGCUGCUACCUUUCGAUUCGCAGUUUGUGGGACCUAGCGUAGAAAAUCUUGAAGUGCUGCUAUUGAAGGAACCAAACCGCGAAGAUGAUUCAGCAUUCAUCGAGGAGAUGGGUGAGGUGGAAGAUAGUGGAAGUCACUCUCCAGCAGAAUCUGAACAAUAUCCGGAAAAAGUCGCAAAUCGUAAAAUGAGUAUUUCUGAAUUACUGAGGCCACCACAAACUCCUUGCAGAAGCAACAGGCACAAAAAUUACAAACGAAAAUACCAUCCGGUAUUGACAGCAACGGAGCGUCUUGAGGAAAUACGUCGGCUUGAAGAAGAGAAGGAAAAUGAAAUAGCAAAGAAAAAGGCAAAGGUGGAUGAGCGAAUUCUUGCAAAAGUUCGAGCAGAGCAACAGAAAAAUGAAAAGGCACAAAUCAGGCGUCAGAAAAAGGAAGACACUGAACGUCAAAGAAAUGAAAAAGCAGAACUGCGAAGAAAGCACGAAGAAACUGAACAGCGAAAGAAAAAGAGAGCGAAGGAAAGAGAAAAUAAACUUGCGGCAGAUCGUUACCAGAAGCGACAAAAGGUGGAGUUACUUGAGGCAUUGAAACUAAAGCUACGGAAUUAA